GCCUCUCCCCUAUAUCUUACGGAGAGAGUGGUGGUAGCGGCAGCAUUUGUACCAGAUUUCAAGGGAGAGUGUGUGUGAUAUAUAUAUAUAUAUAUAUACAGAGAGAGAGAGAGAAAGAAAGAAAUUGAGUAUUGCCAUCUUUUAAAUAUUUUUGGUAGAACGGGGAGAGCUUCUGGUGCAGUGAUCCCUUUAGGUAGCAUUAGCAAAGAAAGAAUAAAAAACACCGCGCAAAACAGCAGAAGCAAGCAAGCAAGCAAGAAGAAGAAGAUAAACGUCUCCCUGCAAGGCUGCAAUCUUUCCAAUCAUCCCCUUCUUGUCUCCAUUCUCUAUCCAUCUAUGUUCCUCUGGCUCUACCCAAUCCUACCCUUUUGCCUUCUGCAACUGCAGUGUCAAUACAACAAAACUGUUCUUCUUUAGAAUUACAAAUCCCCAAAAACAGAGGGCGGCAUACACAAACAUUACAGAGGAAGAAGAAUAGCACCAUCUCCUCUCCGGUUGUUGUUUCUUUCUUUGGCCUGUACCUCUCAAAAUGGGUACUGGUUGGCGGAGAGCCUUCUGUACUUCCAUCCCUCGAGACACAGAAAACACAGUUGCAGACAAGCAGCAACAAGCCCGCACCACCAGCCCCAGCCCCAGUCCCAGAAGCUGUACAAAGUUAGCCCUUUUUCUGUCCGGCGGUAGCAAUCCCUCAACGCCGCGCUUGAAGUCCAAUCCCUCCACCCCGCGCUUGCAAGCAGAACCAGUUUCGAGCCCCAGCUUGCGGUGCCGAACGACCGCAGCGUCUACUCUGUUACCACCAUCUUCGCACGACAACAGUCCCAAGCUCCAAUGCAAGACUACGGUGACAACAAAAAGCCCCCGACUAUUUCAGGGCUCCAACCCAUCGUCUCCCAGAUCGCCUUCGACAUUUUCCCUCCUCAAGUCCAGUUUGCGGUUCUCCAGGAGUAGUUGCGGAAUCUGUUUGCAGAGCGUGAAAACGGGGCAAGGAACCGCCAUUUUCACGGCAGAGUGUUCUCACGCCUUUCACUUCCCGUGCAUAGCUGCGCACGUUAGAAAGCACGGCAGCCUCGUGUGCCCAGUCUGUCGUGCCAGCUGGAGAGAAGUACCUUUACUCGCCGCCCACAAGAAUCAACACCAAUUCCAAUCCGAAGAAGCAGUAAAUGAACAGGACAAAUGUCACAGUGCAGUGAAGCAGCAGCAUCAAGAGAAGAGACGAGAAUCCUCCUCUCCUCGGAACGUCAAGAUCAAGUACGAUCAGCCAUCUAAAUCGUCUGAUCUACGGGUUUAUGACGAUGACGAACCGCUGCUCUCUCCGACGGCCGGCGCUCGGUUCGUUCCGAUACCAGAGGCUGACGAGAACGGCGAAGAAGAAGAUGAAGCGGAAGAUGAGAUCGAAGAAUUCCAAGGAUUCUUCGUGAAUUCGACCCGUUCGUCCUCGUUCAAAGAAACAGAUGGAGCAGCAAUCAACACCACAAACUUGAGGAACGUCGAGGUUAGAAUGCUACCAGAGGCCGCAGUUGUUUCGGUCGACCGAAGCCACGAGACUUACGUGAUCGCGCUGAAGCUGAAGGCUCCUCCAUCCUCGGCGCGCAAUAGCUGUACGACGGCGCCGCUGCUAGAUCCUGGCCGCCGAGCGCCCAUCGAUCUGGUCACGGUGCUCGACGUCAGCGGGAGCAUGACCGGCGCAAAGCUACACAUGCUGAAACGCGCCAUGCGCUUGGUAAUCUCGUCGCUCGGCUCCUCCGAUCGCCUCUCCAUCGUUGCCUUUUCGGCUAGCACCAAGAGAUUGUUGCCACUGAGGAGAAUGACGGCUAACGGCCAGCGCUCGGCGCGGCGCAUCGUCGAUCGGCUUGUCUGUGGUCAAGGCACCAGCGUCGGCGAAGCCCUCAGAAAGGCCACUAAGGUUCUGGAAGACCGACGGGAAAGGAACCCCGUGGCUAGCAUCAUGCUUCUAUCGGACGGCCAAGACGAGCGGGUCUCCAACAAUUCAUCCAAUCGACGGUGUACGACUUCGAACGUGUCUUCGACGCGGUUCGCCCACCUGGAGAUCCCAGUUCACGCGUUCGGCUUCGGAGAAAAAGGCGGGCAUAGCAACGAGCCGGCGGAGGACGCCUUCGCCAAGUGCGUUGGCGGGUUACUGAGCGUUGUCGUGCAAGAUCUACGAAUCCAGCUGGGCUUCUGUUCUGGCUCGGCUCCCGCCGAGAUAACCGCCGUGUACAACUGCAGCGGACGGCCAACGGUGUUCCGAUCCGGUUCGAUUCGGGUUGGCGAUCUCUACGCCGAGGAGGAGAGGGAAUUACUGGUAGAGCUGAAGGUUCCAACGUCAACUAUGGGGGCCCACCAUAUAAUGUCAGUCCAGUGCUCUUACAAGGAUCCGGCUACGCAAGAAGUGAUCAAUGGGAAGGAACAGGCGCUUCUCGUGCCGAGGCCGCAAGCCAUCCGAUCAUCGGCCUCGAAGAUCGAGCGGCUGAGGAGCUUCUACGUGAGUACUCGCGCGUCGAUAGAGGCGCGUCGCCUGGUGGAGCGGAACGAGUUAUCAAGCGCGUACAACAUGCUGUCUUCAGCUCGCGCGUUGUUGAUGCAAUCGAGUGAGGGUGAGGAAUAUGUGCGCAGCGUGGAAGCGGAGCUAGCGGAGCUGCACUGGCGAUUGCAGCAUCAAUAUCAGAGUCAGCAGCAGAUCCAAAGGCGGAAUGGUGGUAGGGGUGCCGAGAGGGAACCCGUUUACGCGGACGAGAAUGGUGAGCCGCUCACGCCGACGUCGGCUUGGCGAGCAGCCGAGCGUCUGGCUAAAGUAGCCAUUAUGAGGAAAUCGUUGAACAGAGUGAGCGAUUUGCACGGCUUCGAGAACGCAAGAUUCUAAAUUUUUUUAAAAGAAAAAAUGUUGAUUUGAAUGAGGAAAAGGAGAAAGAAAGAGAAAAAAAAAAACAAGAAGAGAGAGGGCGAGAGCGGCCCCGGGCGUAUAAUAGAGACAAGCAGUAGAAGACGGUUGGGCGCUUUCUCCAGAGGGAUAAAAACAGGGAAGGAAAACGAAAAAAAGUAAACCCCACAAGGAAUUGAUUGAGGAGGGGUGCGGCGUUGCUUGUCUCCUGUCCCCCGGUUUUUAAUCUUUUUGAUUAAAAAGAUACAAAGAAAUGAAGAGGGGAGAGAGAAAGAGAGAAGAGAAGUGGGAAGUACGUGUAUGUAAUCUUGCUGUGUAAAUGCAUGUGCCGGAGUUAUGUUUCUAUU